AAACGAAGUCUCUUUCACACUUGCCUUAUAAAAUCACAUCAAACCCUACUCUACUCUUUCUUCCUCUCUUUCCUUUUUGAGACUGCAAGUUGUUUGUUUGAUGAAGAGCAAACUUUUGGGUUUUUUUCAUUGAUAUCCAUGGAGAGAAAAGAGGAUCUGAAGAUGGAGGAUGUGUUGGUGAACUCAUCGUUUUCCGAUUACAUUUCAAGUAGUUUCCCAUUACAAAGUGUCUUUGAUUUCUGUUGUGAAGGAGAGACGAUGCCGUUAGGGUUCAUGGAGUUGCUGGGUGUUCAAGACUUGAAUCCUUCUUUAUUUGAUAUGGCGCAACAGGCUCCACCGGUAACCCAGAAAAUCGAGUCACCUGCAGAGGUUUUAAAUCAGCCUGCUACUCCCAACUUUUCCUCGAUUUCAUCAGCAUCAAGUGAGACCGUCAAUGAUGAGACUGUUAAAGUCGACGACCAAGAAGAAGACCAGCAAAAGACAAAGAAACAGUUGAAACCCAAGAAGACAAAUCAGAAGAGAGAGAGAGAGCCGAGAUUCGCGUUCAUGACAAAGAGCGAGGUCGAUCAUUUGGAAGAUGGGUACAGAUGGAGAAAGUACGGCCAAAAAGCUGUGAAAAACAGUUCCUUUCCUAGGAGCUAUUAUCGUUGCACCACACCCUCAUGUAACGUGAAGAAAAGAGUGGAGAGAUCUUUCACUGAUCCAAGCAUUGUGAUAACCACUUACGAAGGCAAACACAUUCAUCCUAUUCCAAUCAUGCCCCGUUCAAGUCUUCCUGCCGGCGUUCAUCUGAGUUCAGGAAUCUCCGCCGCCGGAGCCAGUAGUUUUGGUAUGGAAAUACAAAGGACUCCAUCUCACUAUCAGCAGCCGUUUGUGAAUACGUUGUCUGCUUUCAACUUUGGCCAAAAUGGUUCGUCCUUUAACCCCAGUUUUCUCCAUGAGAGGCGUUUUUGCAGCCCAGGACCGUCUUUGCUUAAAGACCAUGGACUGCUUCAGGACAUUGUACCACGCCAUAUGCUAAAAGAAGAGUAGAUUACACGUGCACAUGUAAAAAAGUUUCACUCGCUUACUUU